CUGUGUGUGUGAGGGAGAGAUGGCGGCGCGCAGUGCGGUCCGGUGAGGGUCUCUCUCUCUGUCUGUGGAUUGUGGUUCCGGUUUCCGGUGUCCCGGUCGCCAUGGAGACCGAGGAGGAGCAGCACAUGACCACGUUGCUGUGUAUGGGGUUCCCGGACCCGGCCGCCAUCCGCCGCGCGCUCCGUAUGGCCAAGAAUGACAUCAACGAGGCGGUGGCUCUGCUCACUAACGAGAGGCCCGGCCUGGAGUUCGGAUACACCGAGAGGGGUGGCAGCGGGGAGCGGAGCGGGGGGUUCGACCCUCCACCGGCCUAUCAUGAGGUGGUGGAACCCGAGAAAAAUGAUGAAAAUGGUAACUGCUCCCGAGAAGCCAUUGAGUUCCCCACCACUAACCUGUACGAGUUGGAAGGUCGCGUUCUCACUGAUCACUGGUCCAUUCCGUACAAGCGAGAGGAGUCGCUGGGAAAGUGCCUUAUUGCUUCCACUUACUUAGCAAAAAAUGGCCUGUCUGAUUCAGAUGAAAACUGCAAAAGGUUUAUGGACCGAUGUAUGCCAGAAGCGUUUAAAAAGUUGCUGACAUCCAGUGCUGUUCACAAAUGGGGUACCGAGAUCCACGAGGGAAUCUACAACAUGCUCAUGCUACUGGUUGAUUUGGCCGCCGAGAGAAUCAAACAGGAGCCAAUUCCUACAGGCAUACUGGGUGUGCUGACUAUGGCAUUUAACCCAGACAAUGAAUACCAUUUCAAGAACAGGAUGAAGAUGUGUCAGAAGAACUGGACGGAAGUGUUCGGAGAGGGAAAUGCCUACGCCGUGUCACCGGCAAGCAGCCUGCAGAAGGAACCCCACGGAUGGCUUGUAGAUCUUGUAAACAGAUUCGGUGAAUUAGGUGGUUUCUCAGCCAUUCAAUCCAAGCUGAACUGUGACGACAUUGAACUUGGAGCAGUUUCAGCCCUUGUUCAGCCCCUCGGAGUGUGCGCAGAAUACCUCAAUUCCUCCACUGUACAGCCAAUGCUGGAUCGAGUCAUUCAUAAUAUGAUUAAAUACGUACAGAGUGUGGAGGAGAAAGACCUUAAGGAUAAGAGGCUGGUUAGCAUUCCGGAGCUAUUGUCAGCCAUUAAACUGCUCUGCAUGCGCUUUCAGCCAGACUUGGUAAACGUUGUAGAUGACCUGCGACUGGACAUUUUACUGCGGAUGCUCAAAUCGCCACAUUUCAGCGCCAAAAUGAAUUCACUUAAAGAAGUAACGAAACUAAUAGAGGACAGCACUUUAUCAAAGUCUGUGAAGAACGCCAUAGACACGGACCGGCUGCUGGAUUGGCUUGUGGAGAACUCGGUCCUUUCGAUAGCCCUUGAAGGCAAUAUAGACCAGGCCCAGUACUGUGACCGAAUAAAGGGAAUUAUUGAAUUGCUGGGCAGUAAAUUAUCUUUAGAUGAACUCUCCAAAAUCUGGCGGAUACAGUCUGGUCAAUCAUCUACAGUGAUAGAAAAUAUUCAUACAAUUAUUGCCGCCGCUGCUGCCAAGUUCAACUCUGACCAACUCAACCAUCUUUUCCUUCUGAUACAAAAGAGUUGGGAAAUCGAAACAGACAGAGUCCGGCAGAAGUUGUUGAGCCUCAUUGGCCGUAUCGGUCGGGAAGCGAGAAAUGAAAUUACCACGGGAAAAGUUUUAGAAGUGCUCUGGGAGCUUGCCCAUCUCCCCACCUUACCGUCUGUUCUUAUCCAACAAGCCUUAGAAGAGCACUUGGCGAUCCUUAGCGAUGCCUAUGCAGUCAAAGAAACAGUGAAGAGAAAUUAUAUUAUAAAAUGCAUUGAGGAUAUUAAAAAGUCAUCACAAAACAUCAACACGCAGGUUGUGUGGGUGGUUCCAGCCUUGCGCCAGCUUCAUGAAAUCACUCGCUCAUUUAACAAGCAAACAUACCAAAAACAAGACAAGAGCAUCAUUCAGGAUCUGAAGAAGAAUUUCGAAAUAGUCAAAUUGGUGACGGCGAGUUUAGUGGCAUGCCACCGUUUGUCCGUGGCCUCUGUCGGACCUGGUGGUCUGGUGGGAUCCUCUCUGGUUGACGGCAGAUACACUUAUCGGGAGUAUUUGGAGGCCCAUUUAAAAUUCCUGGCAUUUUUUCUCCAAGAAGCCACAUUAUAUCUGAGCUGGAGCCGUGCCAAAGAAAUCUGGGAGUGUCUGGUUACCGGCCAUGAUGUGUGCGAGCUUGAUCGCGAAAUGUGCUUUGAGUGGUUUACGAAGGGUCAGCAUGACCUCGAAAGCGACGUGCAGCAGCAGCUGUUUAAAGAGAAAAUCCUGAAGUUGGAAUCUUAUGAAAUUACAAUGAAUGGUUUCAACCUUUUUAAGACAUUUUUUGAAAAUGUCAAUCUGUGUGAUCAUCGAUUAAAACGUCAAGGGACACAGCUGCAUGUGGAGAAGCUGGAGCUGAUUGGAAUGGAUUUUAUCUGGAAAGUAGCCGUGGAAUCUCCUGAUGAGGAAAUCGCCAAUGAAGCCAUACAGCUGAUAAUCAGUUACAGCUACAUUAACCUUAACCCCCGACUCAAGAAAGAUUCGGUUUCGUUACACAAGAAGUUCAUUGCUGAUUGCUACACUAGACUGGAGGCCGCUAGUUCAGCUCUUGGAGGUCCGACGCUAACACACGCUGUCACCAGGGCCACGAAGAUGCUUACUGCAACGGCCAUGCCAUCAGUGGCAACAUCGGUGCAGUCACCUUACAGGUCUACAAAGUUAGUGAUAAUUGAGAGACUCCUCCUGCUUGCUGAGCGAUAUGUGAUAACUAUAGAGGAUCUCUACUCUGUUCCCCGAACAAUACUACCUCACGGUGCCUCAUUUCAUGGACAUCUUCUAACUCUGAACCUUACCUACGAGUCUACCAAAGAUACCUUCACCGUAGAGGCCCACAGCAAUGAAACUAUAGGAAGCAUUCGAUGGAAAAUUGCCAAGCACCUGAACUGUCCUUUAGAAAAUAUCCAGAUUUUUGCAAAUGAAUAUUUGUUGACAGUUAAUAAAGACCAGAAGCUGCUCCAUCAGUUGGGAUUUUCAGAUGAGCAAGCUCUGACUGUGAAGACACUGGGAGGAGGUACGCCGGCGGAAACCUCGGCCAGCAGUAGCAGUAGCGCCACAUUCAACUCCUCCUAUGUUAUGGAACAGGAAAAAUCCCUCCCUGGUGUGGUGAUGGCUCUGGUCUGCAAUGUAUUCGAUAUGCUGUACCAGCUUGCCAACCUGGAGGAACCAAGGAUAACAGUAAGGGUACGGAAGCUUCUUUUAUUGAUCCCGACCGACCCGGCGGUGCAGGAAGCCCUGGACCAGCUUGAUUCCCUUGGCAGAAAGAAGACGCUACUGUCAGAAUCCCAGACUACACAGUCUUCAAAAUCUCCAUCUUUAUCCUCAAAACAACAGCAUCACCAGCAAAGUGCCAGCUCUAUCCUGGAGAGCUUGUUUCGCUCGUCUGCCCCGGGCAUGUCUACUUUUAGAGUGCUUUAUAACUUGGAGGUUCUGAGCUCCAAGUUAAUGCCAACAGCUGAUGAUGAAAUGGCAAGAAACUGCGCCAAAUCUUUCUGUGAGAACUUUCUGAAAGCUGGGGGUCUGAGCCUUGUGGUAAAUGUCAUGCAGAGAGAUUCGAUUCCGUCUGAAGUGGAUUAUGAAACAAGACAAGGCGUCUAUUCCAUAUGUCUCCAGCUGGCAAGGUUUCUAUUGGUUGGGCAGACUAUGCCAGCUACAUUUGACGACGACCUGACCAAAGAUGGUGUUGAAGGAUUGUCUUCACGGCCAUUCCGAAAUGCCAGCCGCCAGUCUAGUCGUCAAAUGUCCCUUUGCGGAACUCCAGAGAAGUCUUCCUAUCGCCAGCUUUCUGUAUCUGACCGCUCCUCCAUCAGAGUAGAGGAAAUAAUUCCUGCUGCUCGUGUUGCUAUUCAGACUAUGGAAGUAAAUGACUUCACGUCCACUGUUGCUUGCUUCAUGCGUCUCUCGUGGGCUGCCGCCGCAGGAAGACUGGACUUAGUUGGCAGCAACCAGCCCAUUAAACAAAGUAAUAUAUUAAUUCCGACUGGGCUUCGCGGCAGACUCAGUAGCUCAGGAAGUAACUGCAGUUCAGGAAGUGAGGGUGAAUCCAUGUCGCUGCAUGCCUGGAUCUGUGUACGGCAACAGUCGGUAUCUACCAAAGACGCCAUUAUUUCUGGAGAAGCCCUAUCCUUGCUCGUUACCUGUCUACAACUGCGCAGCCAGCAGCUAGGAUCUUUUUAUAAUCUGCCUUCUGUUGCUGACUUCACAAUUGAUAUUCUCCUGGGAUCCCCAAGUUCUGAGAUCCGACGUGUGGCCUGUGACCAGUUGUAUACUCUAAGCCAGACGGACACGUCUGCUUACUCCGAGUUACAGAAAGCUAACCUUUUCUUGCUCAACAUUAUCCUGUCGGCACAGCUCCCUCUCUGGUCUCCAACCAGCAUAAUGAGAGGCAUUAACCAGAGAUUGCUGGCGCAGUGUACAGAGUAUUUUGAUUUAAGAUGUCAGCUGUUGGAUGAUUUGACCUCAUCGGAAAUGGAGCAAAUAAAGAUCAGUCCAGCCGCCAUGUUGGAGGAUGAGAUCACGUGGUUGGAUAAUUUUGAGCCCAGCCGAACAGCAGAAUGUGAGACGAGUGACGCAGACAACAUGUGGUUAGCGGGUCACCUCAGACUUAUAAAGACCCUGCUCUCGCUUUGUGGGGCAGAGAAGGAAAUGCUUGGACCUUCCCUGAUUAAACAGCUCCUGGAUGACUUCCUGUUCAGGGCUUCAAGAAUAAUCCUGAAUAGUCAUUCAUCUGCAGCUGUCGCUCCAAUAAGCCAACACGACUUCCACCCAAAAUGCAGCAGUAUGAACAGUCGUCUGGCAGCGUACGAGGUCCUGGUCAUGCUGGCCGAGAGUUCAGUCGCCAAUCUGCAGCUCAUCACAAAGGAGCUCCUUUCUAUGCAUCAUCAGCCGGACCCCGCGCUCACCAAGGAGUUUGAUUAUCUUCCACCUGUGGACAGCCGCUCAAAUUCCGGGUUUGUUGGUCUAAAGAACGGAGGCGCAACAUGUUACAUGAAUGCGGUCUUCCAGCAGUUAUACAUGCAGCCGGGUCUUCCGGAGGCACUGCUCUCCAUGGAGGAUGAAACCGAUAACCCGGACGACAGCGUCUUUUACCAGGUGCAGUCGCUCUUUGGCCAUCUGAUGGAAAGCAAGCUGCAGUACUAUGUACCCGAGAACUUUUGGAAGAUCUUCAAGAUGUGGAAUAAAGAGCUGUACGUCCGGGAACAGCAGGAUGCCUAUGAGUUCUUUACCAGCCUAAUAGACCAGAUGGAUGAGUACCUCAAGAAAAUAGGAAGAGAACAGAUAUUUAAAAACACAUUUCAAGGCAUCUAUUCGGACCAGAAGAUCUGUAAAGACUGUCCUCACAGGUAUGAGCGAGAAGAAGCUUUCAUGGCCCUAAACCUGGGAGUCACUUCCUGUCAGAGUCUAGAGAUUUCGCUUGAUCAGUUUGUGAGAGGGGAGGUUCUAGAAGGGAGCAAUGCUUAUUACUGCGAAAAAUGCAAAGAAAAGAGAACAACGGUCAAGAGGACCUGCAUUAAAUCCUUGCCAAGCCUCCUGGUCAUUCAUUUAAUGAGAUUUGGAUUUGACUGGGAAAGUGGGCGAUCUAUUAAAUAUGACGAGCAGAUCAAGUUCCCAUGGAUGCUCAAUAUGGAGCCAUAUACCGUGUCUGGAAUGGCUCGACAAGAUUCUUCCUCCGAGGUGGGUGAGAAUGGAAGACACAUGGAUUCAGCAGGAGGUUCCCCACGGAAAAAAGUUGCCCCAACCGAGAAUUAUGAACUGGUUGGAAUCAUCGUGCACAGCGGGCAGGCGCAUGCUGGUCAUUACUACUCUUUCAUUAAGGACCGGAGGAGUUGUGGAAAAAGCAAAUGGUACAAAUUUAAUGACACUGUGGUGGAGGAAUUUGAUCUAAAUGACGAGACUAUGGAGUAUGAAUGUUUCGGAGGAGAAUAUCGCCCCAAAGUUUACGAUCAGUCAAACCCGUACCCGGACGUCCGGCGGAGAUACUGGAAUGCCUACAUGCUUUUCUAUCAAAGGGUUUCAGAUCAGAACUCUCCUGUCUUGCCAAAGAAAAGCCGUGUCAGUGUUGUGCGUCAGGAAGCCGAGGAUCUCUCACUAUCAGCACCUUCGUCACCAGACGUUUCCCCUCAAUCUUCUCCUCGGCCACACCGGACCAAUGACCGUCUUUCCAUCUUAACUAAAUUGGUCAGAAAAGGGGAGAAGAAAGGGCUGUUUGUGGAGAAGAUGCCACUUAGAAUAUACCAGAUGGUCAGAGACGAGAACCUGAAAUUCAUGAAGAAUCGGGAUGUGUAUAACGGCGACUACUUCAGCUUUGUGCUCUCGCUGGCGUCUGUCAAUGCAACCAAAGUAAAGCACCCAAUGUACCCCUCCAUGGCCGAGGUUAGCACGCAGCUGGCCAUCCAGUUUCUGUUUCACACCUACUUCAGGACUAAGCGAAAACUCCGGGUCGACACUGAUGAAUGGAUCGCUACGAUUGACGCCUUAGUUUCCAAAAGCUGUGAAGCAUCCCAGUGGCUUAUAGAUUACUUUGUGAGCUCAGAGGGCAAAGAGCUCAUCAGGGUUUUCUUGCUGGAAUGCUGUGUACGUGAGGUCAGGGUUGCUGUUGCUACGAUCCUAGAGAAGACAUUAGACGGUGCUUUACUUCACAGAAGCAAGGUAAAAGGAGUUAAUUUGCUGCUGGAAAUGCUUCUCAGCCUGCUGGAUAAAGACGUACCGGAAAACUGUAAAAACUGUGCUCAGUACUUUUUCCUGUUUAACAACUUUGUACAAAAGCAAGGAGUGCGUGCAGUCGAGCUGUUACUACGGUACUCUGCUCUGCGACAUUUCAUUCAUUUCCUACUGGGUCCCAAUCGACAGAGCAACCAGAAUCGCAGGUGGAGCUCUCCACAAGCUCGAGAAUUUGGGUUCCUGCACAACACGAUUGCUUUGCUUGUUUUACAUUCCGAUGUUUCCUCCCAUCGGACUGUCGCGUCUGGUGUUCCUCCCAUACCUGCUGCUUGUCCUCCGCUGACGCUCCAUGGAGAAGUUGAGGCCUUGAUGUUCAUGCCGGAGGGCAAGCCUUACUUGUUGGAGGUGAUGUUUGCCUUGCGUGAGCUCCCCGGGUCUCUGACUGUACUUAUAGAAAUGAUUGUGUCCUGCUGUUUCUGCAACGAGCCAUUCUCUCUGACAGUCCUUCACUUCAUAAAGAAUCAGCUGGAAACUGCUCCACAGCAUGAACUGAAGAACACGUUCACAUUGCUUCACGAGAUUCUGGUUGUUGAAGACCCGCUUCAGUUAAAGAGACUGAAAUUUGUAUUUGAAUCGAACGGAUUGUUGGCUCUGAUGCAUCACAGUAAUCACGUAGACAGCAGCCGCUGCUACCAGUGCGUGAAAUUCCUGGUUACUCUCGCCCAAAAGUGUCCUGCUGCUAAAGAGUAUUUUAAAGAGAACUCCCAUCACUGGAGUUGGGCUGUGCAGUGGUUGCAAAAAAAGAUGUCUGAGCAUUGUUGGGCUCCCCAGAGCAAUGUGUCCAAUGAGACCUCAACUGCAAAAACCUUCCAACGCACAAUCUCUGCACAGGAUACACUGGCGUACGCUACAGCCCUGUUAAAUGAGAAGGACCCGUCUGGAAGCAGCAAUGGUUCAGAGAGCAGCCCAGCCAAUGAGAAUGGAGAUAUGAGCAUUCAGCAGGGUCCUGACUCCCCCAUGAUAAUCGGGGAGACAAAAAAUGACCUCGACGAUGUUGACUCUUAAACUCACAGUAGAACAGGUGGAACGACUCACCACACAGUGAGGACGCACCUUCAGAACCACAAGUACUUUCCUCCUUACAUUUCGGCUAAAGACCACCACUUAAUCGCUCAAUUUUAGGCGAUUUCUUUUACCCACGUUCUACCCAAAAUCUGGAGUCAAGAUCAUUCUUGGAACAGUUCAACAAGGACCCUUUUCAUUUGCCACAGUUCGGAGUUCAAACAUGGAUACGGAAUAUUUUUGUCACGAUUUUAUUUGAAGUCGAAAAAUCUGAAAUUUUUUUAUUUUAUUUUUCGUCUGUGAACUUUACAACGAGUGAAUGUAAAAAUGUUGCUUUUUUUUCUGUAAUGCUGCAGAGAGAUUUUUUUUUUGUUUUAUACAAAAUAAAAUGUCAAAUCAUGACUGCAUUUAGGUGCAUAGGGCAACUUUUUAACCUAUCAAUAUUAUUUAGGAAUCUUUAAAAUGAUGUAAAGAUAUGUGUAAGAGAUUUAUGUUUGCCUUGUACAAAUUUAGUAUAAAAUGGAAUUUAUAAAAAAAAAAAGACCUUUGUAUUUAAUAUGUCUCCCAGAGUUUGUGUAGUGCUUGAGGAUAUGAAUCUCCAACUACAGAUCGCUCUGAUCUGGAAUUAGAAAAUGUGCCAAUCUGCUGUGUCUAUCCACGAUUUUAUUUCUGUAAAGACUCCUAUAUGAAAGAAAGUUUCCAUUGAUUGGAAGAAGCAAAUAUUUCUAUUUUGAGGUUUCGAUAUGUAUAUUAUUUUAAUCGUGUUUGGUUGAUUAAGUGCCCCCAGAUUUCUACACAUUUUAAUAUUUCAUUUUAUCUGAGCCUUGCUGUCCAAAUUGAGACGUUUGAUACUCUGACCGCAUUUAUCUUAAUUUCACACCAGAAAGUGUCUGGUUGCCAUAAGUGAGACUCUAUCACGUGGCCAAUCCGGUUCCAAAUCCAAAAAUAGGCCUUGUGAGAGCUGCCAAAUUAUGUUCAAGGCUUGUUUUUUGUAUAUUUAUAGAUUUUAUUUAAAUGACAUUACCGUAAUUUGACAUUUCAGUUACUCCUGGAUUAUCACGGCUUGUGAAGGGGCCAGUUAGUGACCCGCAGGUCCGGUUCCAUCGCUCAUAUUGUGCUCUGGUCUGUGCUUGUUACAAGUCUGACAGAUUGACUAUAACUCUCAGCAUCCUCAGGCACAGUGAUAGCAUUUUAGGUUUCUGAGCAGAUAACGCACUUUAAUGUAAACUUUAGAGACAGCAGCCAUUUCCUGCACUUGAGUGGAGACAUAUUGAAUAAAAUGCGGUCUGACUGCGACUCCCAGUUCUUGGCUACUGCUUGCCAAUCUCUGGGGACGUGUACUGGUUGCAGAUGAAGAAUUGUUUGAGUGUGCUGGGGAGGGGAAUUUGUUAUAUAUUAUUUAAAACAAAGUUUAACUCCAAAUAUCUUCAUGCUCUGCUACACCAUCUUUUGUUUCUGAAUAAACUGGAAUUUGUUUUUUUGGA